AUGGCAAAUGAGGGCCGCAUCCGACCACUCACUACCCCACACGGGAUAAAACUGUCCCGUGACUCCUUGAUUCGUACACCCGGCAUCGGUAGCGUCGAGGCGAGAGCAAGAAAAGAAGCGUUUGGUAAGUAUUUCAAGAUUGAACUCGUGCAGUGUGUCACUCAUCGACCACAAGCUGAAUGCUUGGACGCUGCCAUCAAACAAUACUUGGAAAAACCAACGGAUGAGGUCAAAAUUAUCGAUUGCGGAGCUGGCACUGGUUUGUGUGGAGUUGAGCUUCACAAACUUGGCUACACUCACCUGUGUGCUUUGGACAUCUCACCUGAAAUGUUGAAUGAAGCAAGGAAGAAAAACGUUUACCAAAAGUUCAUUUGCGCUCCACUUAACUCUGAUCAGAAUCCUGAAGUUAACACUGGAGAAUAUGAUGCCAUGAUCUGCUUUGGCACGCUGUGUGCUGCGCAUGUCAAAGCAACUGCUCUGAUGGAAAUGAUACGCAUGAUCAAAAUUGGUGGUCUUAUAAGCUUCAACAUUCGUUUGGGUGAGGUUGAACGGUAUCAGCCAAUGAUUGAAGAGUUAGAGAAAGAGGGAAAGUGGCUUAACGCUGCCAAGAAAACGAUUCCCCAUUACCAGAGAGGUGACAUAACUAAAACCUCUUUAUCUUGUCUACAAAAUCCUGAAGCACUGAUGAGACAACUGACUAGAUAAUCAAAGAGACGAACUCGACAACAUUUGAUAGCGAUAUUAUCAUUUUUUAAUGUGAACCAAGAGAUUUUAGUGAGUAAAUUUUUAGAUAUGGAUUUCGGGAUAAAAAUAAGCGAUAAAAAAGCACGACGUUUCGAACUCUCCGAGGUCAUUUUCAAGAAAGUAAAAAUUUCUAAAUUAGCAUAAAAAUUUAGAAAAAGUUGA